UCACAAGUGAGCAGCUUCCCGUUAUCCGCUGGUAUAAAUAGCAGCGGGACGGAGCUGCAGCAGCCUCAGCCGCUCCGGACAGCCAGGACCUGCAGAGAGGUUUUGUUUUUCAUCACCUGCUGCGCCUGUGAGAGUCUGAGAGGAUGCUGAUGAUGAUAAUGAUGAUGAAGAAGAAAGCGCCAAAGUCUCUGGCAGUGGUGGCUCUGUUUCUGGCCUCAGCCAACUGCAUCGUCCCUCCAUCUAAAGAGGACCUCAGCCAGAUCUCAAUCCAGGGAGAGAAGUACUUAGACAAACAAAUUGAGAAUGCCAUCAGUGGGGUGAAGGAGAUGAAGAAUGUGAUGGAGCAAUCCACAGAGGACCACAAGAACUUCCUCAGUGAUCUGGAGAUAACCAAGAAGCAGAAGGAGGAUGCGCUUCUCGCAGCCCAGGAGAUCGAGGCCAAGCUGGAGCAGGAGGAGGAGGUCUGCAACGAGACCAUGAAGGCUCUGUGGGAGGAGUGCAAGCCCUGCCUGAAGAACACCUGCAUCAAAUAUUACUCCCAAACCUGCCACAGUGGCUCUGGACUGGUGGGACGACAGCUGGACGAGGUGCUGAACAGAACCUCUCCAUUCUCCAUCUGGAUCAACGGGGAGAGCAUUGGUAACCUGGAGAGGAAGUCAGAGGAGCAGAGGGAGCAGCUGAAGAACCUGGAGGAAAGAUACUCAGAGGUGGUCGACAACGUAAACAGCAUCUUCAGGGAUAGCAUGAAGGUGUUUGACCACAUGCCCACCUUCCACCUUCCAAUGUUCCCCAUGCCCUUCCGCAUGCCCAGUCUCUGGGGAUCAGGCCCCCGCGUCCACAGGGGCAUCGAGGAUCAGCCAUCCCGCGUGGCUCGCUCGCCCUUCUUCAAUCGCAACUCCCACACCUUCCAGAGCAUAUUCAGCCCCCCCGGCAUGUCCAGUGUCUUUGUGAUGGACAUGAAUGACAUGGACGUGCCCACCUCUGAAGAUGGCAGUGUGAAUGAGGAUGUGAUCACCACCACCAGCAACGGGAUGACCUGCAGGCAGAUCCGCCGCAACUCUGCUGGUUGCAUCAGGUUCCGCGGCGAAUGUCAGAAGUGCAAAGAGAUCCAGCAUAUUGACUGCUCCGGUAAGAAGCCGCUGGAGGGCCCACUGAAAGAGGAGCUGGAGGAGGCGCUGGCCAUGGCCGAUCAUUUCACCAAGGAGUACAACGAACAGAUGAGGAGGUUCGAGGAAAAGAUGUUCAACACCUCCUCCAUCCUGGACUGGUUCAACAAGCAGUUUGGCUGGGUGUCGACCUUGGCCAACAACACCAGGACCGAGGAUGGCCUCUUCAGCAUCCAGACGCUAAUCUGCAAGGAUGACAAAGAGACAGCUGGUGAGGAGCAGACGCCAGGAGAGACCAAUGUGUCCGUGAAGCUCUUUGACACUCCACCCAUGAACUUCACGGUGCCAGGCGACAUCCCCUGGACCGACCCCAAGUUUUCAGAGGUGGUGGCUCAGGAGGCUCUGGACCGUUACAAGGAAACUGCUGUUGUGGUCAAGUAAAGCUGCUGUUGGAUUUGCACCCCAUCCUACACUGUCUGCUGACAAGAGAAUGUUCUGGAUUAAUCCUCCUCUGAGUGAAAACGCACCCGAGUCCCUCACCGUGCCAUGGCAAAGCUUCAACUCCUUUUUCCUGUAGAUUCUGCCUCAGCAUAUGACAAAGUUUCAUCUCAGAGAUUUAUGUUGUCACACUAGCUCUCUGUCCUGCUGUACAGUAACAAAUACGUGUAGAAAUGGGCGUUCCCACGCCUAUACAGCCAAACAGGUCCUUAAUGUGUGGAAGCCAGUUGAGAAGCUGGGCUUCACAAAAAGGACCUUCGCACUAGAAGUGAUCUUUGCUUUACUGCUAAUUUGGAUUAAGUUGGAACUCGUGCUUUUGGGAAACGUAGCAAAAUGUGUUGUCUUCUGUAUUCAGCCUUUGGUACAGCCAUGUAUCAGAAUAACAUUUUCUCCAUCCCAAGUCCAUGGAGCCAGGAUUUAUUUGUUGCAAAGAUGCUUGCACCCAACUCAGAAUUAGUUUCUUCAGGCUGUCAAAGACCUAAAGGACCUCACCUAUCCAUGGAUAUCUACAAUUAUUACAAUUACUAAUCCUUGGUAUGGUAAGAAGAGCUUGCUUAUUUUAGAGGAUAAAGGUUGCUCCAAUUGAAAAGGAUUGUUCCAAUCUAGAUGAAAAAAUGCUGUAGCCAAACGUAAACACUGUUCAGCAUUGCUUUGAGGCCCUCUGUACAACAUCGUAGCAGUGAAGCGAUGCAUAGAGAUUAAUAAAACCUGCUCAAAUCCA